GGUAACUUCCCCCACACCCUUACCUCACCAGGCGGACCAACCUGCGGGUCAUAGUAGACUUUGGCUCUGUGGAAGUAGAGCUCAGGAUUCAUUUUUAAAUGCCAACCGGGGCCGCAUAUGGCAACAAACGUUCCUGAACCCAGGCGAUAUCUCUUCUGAGUUUGGAGACUUUGGAUCAAAGACAUGGAGAGCAAGGAGGAGAUCAGUGACACAGAUAGCGGCAUCAUACUGCAGUCUGGCCCGGACAGCCCCACCUCUCCCAUUAAGGACCUGACCACUCACACGCGGGCCAUGAAGCUGAAGCACAAGUCCCUGGAGGACCGGCUGGAGCUGUGCCUGCUGGAGCUGAAGAAGCUGUGCAUCCGCGAGGCGGAGCUGACGGGGGAGCUUUCCUCGGACUACCCCCUACUGCCCGGCGAGAAGCUCCCACGAAUCCGCCGUCGCAUCGGGGCCGCCUUCAAGCUCGACGAGGAGAGCAUCUGGCAGGACGGAGGGGAUCCUGAGCUGCACUCCCUGGAGGCCGAUCUGGCCCUGCAGCUGCAGAUCUUUGAGGCGGCCCGGAGACUGGCCCAUGAGGAACACCUGAGCAAGCAGGUGAGGCGGAGCCGGCAGCAGCAGUCCCGGCGGGAGGAGAGGAAGGUGAAGGAGCUGCAGGAGGCCGUGGGCCAGCUGAGGCUCCGGCACGGACGGGACUCCCCUGCUCUGCAGCACGCAUCCUCUCAGAGAGAUCCGGGAAUCUCUGAUGAUAGCUCCUUGUCGGAUGCCGUGACACUCGAUGAAGAUGUUGAGUCCAACCAGUCCUCUCGCCCAGCCUCGGAGACCCCUGUGAUCUCAGACCCCCAAAAACCUUCUGAGGAAGCGCCCCAGGUCCUGCACCCCAGCCCCCAGCAUGCACCCCCCCAGACUCUGGAGGGGCUGAGGCCCGGGGAGGACCCUGGCCUGGGGUCCGAGCGUUCUCCCAUCCAGAACUCACCCUGGAGGGAGUCCAGCCUGGACCAGCCCUACCAGAAGCCCAGGAAGCCCCACUCCAGGAGCAGCAGCCGGUCCAGUAGUCCAGCGGUGACCCCUGUGUCCACUCCAGUGGACCCCCGAUUUGGAGACGCCCCCAUCCCGUUCCCAUUGGCCAGCAUCAAGAGCCUGCCGCUGCACCACGCCCACUCCAACAGCGCCCCCUCCACCCCAGAGCUGCACACACGCCGCCAGUACUCCCAGUCCUUCAGGAUUCCUAACAAGUCCUUGCACGACCCCGACCAGAACCGUGGGCGGGCCCAGUUGCCACGGCGACGACUGACCGACUUCACGGCGACCUCGCCCCAGUACUCGCCCCUGAGGCCCGGCCAGGGAAACCCCGUGUACCUGUCCAGCUCCGAAGACAGCCACUCCGAGCACUCCGUGCCCUCGUACGCCGGCUCCCCCCUCCGCGAGGCCCCCGCCAAGCCGUCCAAGCCGUGCCCGCCCCCGUACGGCUACCACAUCUCCAAGCACAGCAGGAGCGGCCCGCUGGCCUUCACCGGGCCGAGCUUCUACAGGGUCCCCCAGCACCAGUCCACUCCCAGCUUCUACCGGGUGUGCGCCGUGGACGACGGGAUCGGCUGCCUGCCCGAGAUCGAGAUGGGCCGGGUGUAUUUGGGCCCUCCCCUGGCGCCCCCUCCCUUCCCCGGCCCCCCUCCCGCUCGGCGCGAGCGCUGGCCGGAGGAGGCCCCCCCGCCCCUGCGCGUGCUCAGGGCCCUGCCCCCCCAGAGCAGGCUGGCCCGGGCCCCGUCCCUCCGGGAGUACCCCCACCACCCCUCCCUGGGGCUGCCGCGGGAGCUGGUGUCCGAGGAGCUGAAGUCCUGGCACCAGCGCAGCCAGGUGCGCGGGCCGCGCCCGCGAUCGCUGGACCGCCAGGGCGCCGUGCGGCUGAGGAACGCGACGGGCCGGGACUCCCCCCUCUCCCUGCAGCACCACUUCCCCCAGCAGUUUCCCCAGAGACGCGUUCUCCAGAGAGCUCCGGACGGUACCCCAGUGCAGUGGUACGUGGAGGAAGACUCUGAGAUCAUCAGCCAAGUCUAGCCACAGGAGACCGCUUCCAGGGGUGCGAUCUUCCAGAGACGAUGAUCUCCAGACCCUCAGGGUCUCUGGGGCCGCUCGACUCUGGCUUUAUUGCUGAAAACUCUCUUCUGCCACCAGCUGGAAAAGAGUGCCUAAGCCUAAGCCUGUGUGUGUGUGUGUGUGUGUGUGUGUGAGUGUGUGUGUGAGUGUGUGUGUGAGUGUGAGUGUGAGUGUGAGUGUGAGUGUGAGUGUGAGUGUGAGUGUGAGUGUGAGUGUGAGUGUGAGUGUGAGUGACAUAGCCGAGGCCUCUACUUCUGGUUGAAACAUGGUCUGAAGAAUCAGCCUUCCCUGAUGAAUCAGGAACACUCAUAUCCCUACCUUCACUGAGAAUACACUGGACACACACUGCCCUGCAUGUGGAGGUGUACGUAUUGAGCCAAUGGACUCAUGCUGGGGCCGUGCUAUGCAGGAGGAUCCUGGACACUGAUCCUCAGAAGGGCAAGUGGAGAUCUGCAGGCCUUCGACCCCCAUACAACGCACCGCUGCCCUUCACUGCAAAAUACUGAUUUCUAUUAACUGCUUUGCUUGAGGCAAGCGAUAAACCGCAAAGUAAGGCAAUAUGCCUGUCUAUUUGCUGUAAAGGAGAUACUGUAUUUAAAAAAUAAAAAAAAUAGAAUCAUGAUGUCAUGAUGUUUUGUGUAGGACAACCAAAAUGUAUUUUUAUUAUUUUAAAUUUUUUACUUUUAAAAACGAAAUACUGAAAGCUGAUCUGUUACUGAGAAUUAUUUUGUUGUAUGUCUGUAUAUUGUGUUAUGGACAUUUUAAAAAUGAUAUGUAGUUAUUCUUCAUGGAAUUCCGAAAUCUAAAAUCAGUUUUUAGCCAGGUUCAAAGUUAUAAUUACAUUUAGUUUGAAUCCUUAAUAAACCCAAACAACGGGCUUAGUUUAAACGUGAGAAGUUGUGAGAUUGUUAGAUAGGUCUGAUUAUCUUGCUAUUCUAUCCUUAUGCAUUACACCUGUAACAUUCUUAAACAGGGUGUUAUUAACUUACUUCGCAAGCACCCUUAUUUCAUGCUUGAAGUUUGUCCUCUUGGUGUGCACAACAUUGUAUACUUGUGUGGCUACUAACCGGAAUACAGUGUAUUG